AUGGAUAGUCACGUUGCCGCUGCAGCAGCGUUUGUGGUAUUGAAUGGCUGCAUGAGAAGAAUUAAAGCUCAUAAGGCGAAAAGAAAAAGAAGAUGGUGGAAAACUCCUUUGAAUAAAAGUCGAGAGAUACUAAACAAAUUUACGCAGUCACUUUUUGAGUUACGUAAUGCCCCUCGGCUCGACCAAAAGCAGAUACCAAGCCUUUAUAUUCUCAAGGUUGAUACACUAGCCGAAAUUUGUUUUUUUUGCGGGUACAAUGCCUCCAUUAUGAUAGAGGACAUGAUUCGAGAACCAUCAGGAUGGCUGGAGAAUUUCCUGCGAAUGUCCUACACCGACUUUCUAUUGAAUAAAGUGGAACAUAUGCAGGAAACCCCAUGCAGGAAGCUCCCCAUUUUCUCGAAUGCAAACCAAGUUGCUAACCAACUCUUCUCUAAGUUUCCUAUCUAUGGGACCUUACUUGUUUAUUCUAUAGCUCAGGGUGCUAAUAGGAACUUCAUGCAACUUAGAAACGUUACUCAGAGGGGCCUCACCGUUUCCUAUGACGUGAACAGCAUUGAACCAGUUGUAUUCGGGGAGCUCUCGUUACGUCGUGCAUUUUUAAAGAAGACUAUAACGGUUUCUGGCUCGUUUAACGUCGAAGAAAAGAGAACCGAGGACUACUGCCAAAUGAAUAUGGAGGCGAAUUCACACAGAAAAAUGCAUUCUAAAAUUAGGGAGGAAGAGGUGCCCCAUCACACUUUCCCUCUACCCUCCGAGAGGAACAUUCAUGCUGUAAUCAGAGGAGUACAUGCGACACUUUCGGAAACUGAGAUCAAGGAAGAGUUGCAACAGAGGGGAUAUUCCCCCCUGCACAUAAUUCGCCUGAAACGCGGUGGCGGCGUGCCCAUGCCUUUGGUGGUAGUCAUACUGCCCAAGAUAGAAAAAUCUCAGCAGCUGUUCAACGAACACGAGCUGCUAGGACCUAGGACAAUCGCACUAAAUAUCGCGAUGCGGCACGCACAUUAUAAAAAACCUGUCGAAACUCGCAAAUAUCCACAGCGCCAGCGGUAUUAUUUGGACCACGUACUCACAAGGCCGAACCAGGUGCUACAUUUUUACAUCAAAAUUUUAUUAAUACCAAAUGGUAGUUCAUUGCAAUUAUGCAUGACAGAUGAUAUGACGUAA